AUGGCUCAGCCCCCGCCGGAUGUGUAUCCAACGAUGGAGGAGGCUGCGGAGGCAGCUCUCCAUGGUGCCAGGGUGCAGAGGGAUGCUCACUUGGGGUGGGCCCAAGUCGAGAUGGCACCCAAUCGGGAGCGGAAGUACACCUUCCUCUACGAAAGAUCUGGCACUGACGUGGUUGCCAUAUGCUUUCACACAAAGCACUGGUUUGGCCAGCACCAAAGGGGUGAUGAUCAAAACCCGACAGCCGAGACCCAUCACCACUGGCAUGCGAAGCGCACACAAAAGGUUGGCUCCGAGAUGGCAGGCAACGAGGGGGUGCUUCCGUAUCGGCCCCGCGCAGCUGAGGUGGUGACUGCUUCUGGUCGGUUUGUUCGUCCCUUGGCCGAAAGGUUCUUGACCCUCUACCUUUGCGGUGUCCUAUCCGUCAUCGGUUACGACUCGCUGGGCAUCGAUCUGCCAGCCCUGCAAAGCACAUCUGACAUGCUUGGAAUGCUUCAGAGCGACAGUGCGUCUGCAGACAGCGCUUCGCAUCCACCUGCUCCGGCUGCAGAAUCUGCUGCUCCAGUAGAGCCAGUAAGCCUGUCGACGCCUUCGUCGCCUUCUCCGCUGCUGCUAGAGUCCUCCAGGAAGAUACCGAGCGUGGGCCGCAAAGAGCUGAAAUUCAUCAACAGCCAGAUCGGAGGAAACCUCAUCAAGGAGAUGGUGACCACACCUCCUCACAAGUUUGGGCGAGACCCAGCAGAGCCAGGUGCGCACUUCUUUGAAGCCUUCCGCCACCUCAGCCAGGUGAGGCGGCGAAAGUACGACUGGUUCUUCGUCGUCCGUGAGCCGGUCGACCGUUUUCUCGCAUUCUACGCCUGCUGCUCCCGAGCUGUGAACCACACCGUCCGGGAGUUCAACGACUGGUUGCAAAGUCAGCUUCGGGCUGCAACCAACAAGGGCGGCUUCUCUCGCCUGACGGACUACAUGGACCCAGAUUUCGCUGUUCUGCAGCACGUGAUCCACUUUGAGAACUUGGCGACAGACUUGCGGCACCUCUUUCCCCUCUACAAUUUCAGCUUGGACAAACUUCCGACGCAACCGCCAGAAGGCCGCCGUUUUGUCCGUCAAGACAUCAGCGAGGAGACCAUGGGCUUCAUCCGCACCUACUAUAUGGGGGACUUUGUGCACUUUGGCUACCCUGUACCGUGA